GUUUAGUAACACUUCGAACGUUUGUCGAUCUCCAUGUAGGGAGAGUGUACGACGAUCGUAUUUUUCUUCUUCUGGCUGUCGUAUACCCAAGGAAAGAAAGAAAGAACAAAAAAAAAAUAAUAAAACAGAAGCAUUGUUGAAAUCGAUUUGACUGAAAACAAAAUAAAGACCGCAAUCAGUGUAUGUUAAAAGUGCCUAACGUCGAGUUGUUGUUGUGGCAACGGUAGUGUCCUUUUCUACCUUGUUCAAAGAAAAGCUGAUGUUAGAAAAAAAUAAACAUUCCACCCUUAAAUAAACUUUUUUAAAGAAUAUAAUAAUAACAACAAAUUCAAAACGGAUACGCGUCUAAACGGUUAACAAAAAGAACGUCCAACACGAUGCUGCCAUUGCCCAGAGGCCUAUUGGGUCUCUUGGGUGCAAAUGCCACCCCCAAGUGGCAUAGACAACAACAACAACAGCUGACAAUGAAGUCAGUGUUUUUGGUAUUGUGCCUCGUCUUGCUGAGUGGCCAAUUUGCAGAUGCAAAGGAACAACAACAGCAACCCGAUAGAAACUGCGGCGGUUUGGCUUGCGAUUGCAAAGGUUUGAAGGGACGUCCCGGUGAUAUCGGUCUGCCCGGUUUCCAGGGCUAUGAAGGUCCAGCCGGUGAUAUGGGUCCACCUGGACCUCCCGGUCGUCCCGGUGAAUGGGGUGAUGCUGGCGAGUACGGUGAACAAGGUGAAAAGGGUCAUCGUGGUGAUGCUGGUGAACCUGGUCUACCUGGCGCUCCUGGUGUUCGUGGUCCUCCCGGCGAAGAUGGUCCACAUGGUCCACGCGGUAUUGAUGGCUGUGCCGGCAAACCCGGUAAACAUGGUGACAACGGUGCUCCCGGUAGACACGGUCCUCGCGGUGAUGUCGGCAAACCCGGCCCUCCAGGUCCCCAAGGUGAUGCCGGCGAGGGUGGCAUCAAUUCGAAAGGUACCAAGGGUAGCCGCGGUGAUCGUGGCCCCGAUGGCUAUGACGGCCAGACUGGUUUCCCCGGCAUGAAAGGUUACAAGGGUGACAUUGGUUUCCCUGGCGCUGAUGGUCCCAAGGGUGAAAUGGGUCCCAAGGGUUUCAAGGGUGAAAUGGCCGAAGAUGCUAACAUCAUUUUGCAGCUGCAAGGAGAACAAGGUGAAAAGGGUGAACCGGGUGAGGCCGAAGAAUUCCCAUUCGAGCCAAAUGGCAACAUUCCCAAAGGCUAUGCCGGUGAUGUGGGCGAACGCGGUGACCAAGGCAGAAAAGGUGAACAGGGUGAAAAGGGUGACAUGGGUCGUGAUGGUUUCCCCGGCGCUCGUGGUGAUUCCGGCGAACCCGGUGAACGUGGUAAACCUGGUAAGCCCGGUGAGACGGGUUUCCCUGGCGCCAAAGGUGUAAAGGGUGCUCCCGGCUACAAUGGCAGAGAUGGCGAAGACGGUCUUAAGGGUGAGAUGGGUGAUGAUGGCUACGAUGGUAUUCCCGGUGUUCAGGGUUAUGCCGGCCCUCCUGGUAUUUACGAUCCCAAUUUGGAUGAAUCGCUGCCCGGUCCCAUUGGCCCUCAGGGUGAUAUUGGUCCUCCCGGUGAUCCAGGUCUCCCCGGUAUUCCCGGCAAACAAGGUCGUCUCGGUCCCCGUGGUAAUACCGGUCCACCCGGUGAUCCCGGUCUACCCGGUAUGCCUGGUCGUCGCGGUAUCAGCAUUAAGGGUGAUGAAGGUGAUUACGGAUUUAUGGGACCUGCUGGUCCCAUGGGUAACCCCGGUCGUCCUGGUCCCGUUGGCCGUCCCGGUGCACGUGGUGCUGAUGGUCGCAAUGUAGUUGGUCCCAAAGGUUAUGCUGGUCAACCGGGUAUGCCUGGUUUGCCUGGACAUCGUGGUGAUCGUGGUGAAAUUGGUUUCUCCGGUGAAAAAGGUUUGCCCGGUCUGGGUGUUAACAUUGUUGGUCCACCUGGCGCCCACGGUCCCCCUGGUGUUCGUGGUCCUCCUGGUAUUGACGGUCAGCCUGGUUAUCGUGGCCUUACCGGUGACAAGGGUGUUCGCGGUGAUGAUUGUGGCAUUUGCCCGGCCGGACCCAAAGGCAUGCGCGGUAUUCGUGGUGAUGAUGGUUUCCCUGGUGUCCAUGGCGUUACUGGUCCCCAUGGCUUGCCUGGCGAGCGUGGACCCAAGGGCCAACAAGGAAAACCUGGUUUCAUGGGCUUCAAAGGUCAACCCGGUCCCGAUGGUAUUCCCGGUGAAAGUGGCAGACCCGGUAUGCCUGGUCCUCCAGGUAAAGUUAUGAGAGUUGGCUCUUUGACGAAGGCCGAAAAGGGUGACAUGGGUGAUAUGGGCGAACGUGGAGUACAGGGUCUAACUGGUGAUCGUGGUCUUAACGGUGCUCACGGUUUACAUGGCCAGAAAGGUGAAAGAGGCAUACGCGGUGAUUUCGGUGAGCCCGGCAGGCCUGGACGAGAUGGUGCCCCUGGCAAGCCAGGUAAAGAUGGUCGACCUGGUCGUGAUGCCAACACUCCCAAGUUGUAUUUGAUUGGAGAAAAGGGUUACGAUGGUCGCAAGGGUGUAGCCGGUGAGCCUGGUGAUAUGGGUCCCAAGGGUGAAAAGGGUCAACCCCAUCCCGGUGAAAUAUUCGACAACAGAGGCGAACCUGGUGAUGUUGGUGAGCCAGGUCCACGUGGUCCCCAAGGUCCAAAAGGCGAACGCGGUACCAAUGGCGAUAACGGCGAACGCGGUGACAUUGGUCUGCCUGGUAUUGUUAUUCAAGGUCCCAUGGGUGCCAAGGGCUAUCCUGGCGUUACCGGUGAAGUGGGUCUCCACGGUGCUCAUGGUAUGGAGGGUUUGGAUGGUGCUCCUGGUAUCGAUGGCGUGGCUGGUGUUAAAGGUGUUCGUGGUGAUCCUGGUCCAUACAUUCUACCUGGCGAGAUGGGUCCUGACGGUCCAGAGGGUCCCAAGGGUAUGUAUGGUGAUAUGGGCUUCAGAGGUAGGCCCGGAGUCACUGGCAGACCCGGUGUGAAGGGUGUACGCGGUGAAAAGGGCGACAUUGGUCCCUAUGGUCUACAGGGCUUGCCUGGCAACAAGGGUGUCAUUGGUGAUACAUUGGUCGGCUUCCAAGGUGCUGCUGGUGAACCAGGUAUCAAUGGCCGUAUUGCCCCACAUGGUCGCAAGGGUCAAAAGGGUGAAACCGGUGUUCCCGGUGUCCAGGGUGUACAAGGUGCCAAGGGUGAUAUUGGAUUCCCCGGCAGACGUGGUCCUCAUGGUGACAGAGGUUUCCAGGGCAUUCCCGGUGUCAUUGGUAUGCAAGGUUUGGUUGGCAUUCCUGGUGAGCAAGGUGAACGCGGUGAGUUGGGAGAAGAUGGUCGUCACGGAGAUAUGGGUCAAAGAGGUUCCAUUGGCUCGAUGGGUCCCAAAGGUCAAAUGGGUGAUGUUGGUCCCUAUGGACGCAGAGGCAAUGAUGGUAUCCCCGGCCGCAAGGGUGUCGAGGGUGAUCGCGGUUAUCCUGGUCGUGUUGGUGCUAAAGGUUUUGCCUCGCGCAGUGGCAUCAAGGGCGAAUAUGGUGAGCCAGGUCAACGUGGACCUCGUGGUUACGAUGGUAUGCCCGGUGAAAAGGGUGUUCAAGGUGCUCCCGGUGAUGAGGCCUAUGGCCAAGAUGGCCCAAUGGGCAGAAAGGGUGAAACUGGUGCACCCGGCGUGGAUGGCAUCAAUGGCUUGGAUGGUCUCAAGGGUAUGCGCGGUGACUAUGGUAUAAUGGGUCUGAUUGGUGCAAUUGGUGAUCGCGGCGACAAGGGCCAACCCGGCUAUCCUGGAAGACCCGGCCUGCCAGGCAUUGAUGGAGCUGUGGGUCCCAUGGGUGAAAUGGGUUAUCAAGGCCAAGUUGGUGAACGCGGUGACGAAGGUUAUGCUGGCUAUGUGGGACAAAUUGGUGAUCGCGGUGAUGCUGGUGAGCCAGGUGCCUUUGGUCCCAAAGGUGAACAGGGUGAUGAAGGUUUCCCUGGUCGUCCCGGUGUUUUGUUGGCUGGCUAUGCGCAAAGAGGUGACAAGGGUCAACCUGGUCUCAGAGGCCAACAGGGUCCCAUGGGUGAGACGGGUAUGGAAGGUGCCCCAGGUUAUCCCGGCCGCAAGGGUGAACGUGGCGACUUUGGCUUUGCUGGAGCCCCAGGUGCCGAUGGCUAUCCAGGUGUGGAUGGUGAACGAGGCGACAAGGGCUAUCCCGGUCCUCCUGGUAUGACUCCCGACUAUGCUGAGCCCGGUGAUGAAGGUGAUGUGGGUUAUGAUGGUUUGCCCGGCCGUCCCGGACGUGUUGGUCCCAAGGGUGCCCCUGGUGAUAUGGGUGAUUAUGGCUUCAAUGGCAUCAAGGGUGAAAUGGGCAUGAGCAUCAUGGGUCCCAAGGGUAUGCAAGGUGAUAUUGGUUAUCCUGGCCCACCUGGCCACAAUGGUUUGCACGGCAUGGUUGGUUUCAAGGGCGAGCGUGGUGAUGUUGGUCCCCAGGGCAUGCGUGGUGAACCCGGAUAUGUUAUUCAUGGUAUGCGCGGUGAUCGUGGUGAUGCUGGUCCGCCCGGUGCUCGUGGUCCCCAAGGUUUGAAGGGUGAAAUGGGUAUGCAUGGCCGACCUGGUCGCACCGGUCCCAUGGGCGCACGUGGUCCCCGCGGUCCAACUGGUGAUGCCGGUUUCGAUGGCAGAAAUGGUUUGGAUGGCUUGCCCGGUCCUCGUGGUGAGCCCGGUGUAACAUUUCCCUUCCAUAUGGCACGUAAGGGAGAACGUGGUGAGCCUGGUAUUGAUGGCUUCAAGGGUGAAAUGGGCGAUGUGGGCGCAGAAGGUGAAGUUGGCUUCCAAGGUGCUUAUGGCUUGAAGGGUUACCAGGGUGAACGUGGUUUGACCGGUCAAAUGGGUUUGGAUGGUCCAAAGGGUGAACGCGGUAUGCAAGGUCCACCAGGUUUGGCUGGCUUUACUGGCUUGGCCGGUGCCAAGGGUCCCGAGGGUGAUCCCGCCCCACCACCACCACGUCCAAAGAGUCGCGGUUUCAUUUUCGCCCGCCAUUCUCAGUCUGUGCUGAUUCCUGAAUGUCCCGCCAACACCAAUCUAAUGUGGGUGGGUUAUUCGCUGGCCGGUAAUAUUGCCAAUUCACGUGCCGUUGCUCAAGACUUGGGCCGUUCCGGUUCGUGUUUGCAACGUUUCAGCACCAUGCCGUAUAUGACAUGUGACGGCAGUGUCUGUAAUUAUGGCCAGACCAACGAUGACAGUAUGUGGCUGGCCACGGAUGAGCCAAUGAAUUUCGCCAUGGUUCCCAUCCAGGCUAAUGUUAUUCAGAAAUACAUUUCACGUUGUGCUGUCUGCGAAACUACCACCAAGGUAAUUGCUUUGCACAGUCAAAGCAUGAGCAUUCCCGACUGUCCCAAUGGCUGGGAGGAAAUGUGGACUGGCUACAGUUACUUCAUGACAACUACCGAUAACACCGGCGGUAUGGGUCAAAAUCUUGUCUCACCCGGCUCUUGCUUGGAGGAAUUCCGUGCCCAACCCAUUAUUGAGUGUCACGGUCAGGGCAAUUGCAAUUUGUACAAUCCUGUCACUUCAUUCUGGUUGGCCGUGAUCGAAGAGCACGAACAAUGGCAGAUGCCAGUACAAAGAACAUUGAAGAAGGAUCAGACCAGUAAGAUCAGCAGAUGUUCUGUGUGUCGUCGUCGCAAUGAUUCAUUUGUCACACGUCUCGAGCGAGUCGAUACCUCGGCCCGUGAAUUGAGACGCGGCUAUGAGCAGGUGGUGCCAGCUCCACAGCAACACCAGCCCACAUAUCAACGCCGGCCAAAUACCAACUAUCACAGACGAACUGGACAAAACUGGCCAGGCCGCAACUACCGUAGUCGUUAUCCCAGAGCCGAUACCACAGCUCCUUAGAUACUAGACUAAACAAAAAACAAAAACGAAAUCUAUUUUUUUUUAAUUUUUUAUGUUGUCUAAAUACUAUUACACUUACUAUGUUUCCUUAACACUUAAGUAGCCAUAAAUUAACGCAACAAACCUAAGAAUACCCAGUCCCAGUUUUAAACCGACCAUUAUUGAAAGUAGAUGUCUGUAUCUGAAGAAGAAAAGGAAUUUAAAAAUACAACCACAAUUCUGCCAUUAAUUUGUAAAAGAACAGAGAAAUACGUGCCAUUAUUAUUUUUUAAAAAACAUUGCAAAAAAACUAAAUAAUAAAAUAUUAUAAAAUUAAAUAAAAUAAUGCAAAUUUGUAAAUGGAACUCCUCCUUGACAGCAUUCCCAAGCCAAAUACCUAUCUUUCCUUGGGCUGUUAUUCAAAUAAUGUACACUGCCUUUGCAUUCAAUUUCCAAUAUCUUUCAGCGAUUCUGAAUAACUUGAGCCAUUGUAACAAAAUUGUUUAUCAACUAGCGUCUAGCUUAAGCUAUAAAAUAUUUUUGAAAUAUUUUAUACCUACAUUGUAUUUUUUUCCAAAUGCAAAAAAAACACAAUCAAAUAUGCUAAUAAAAAUAAAAAUGUAAUUAAAAUCAAAAUAA